AUGUCUCAAAUUAUAAAGACACCAAGCCCUCAAGUCAUUGCAGUCGCCGAGGCUGACAAAGGCCAAUCCGACAUCCUGUCUGCAGAUGUAGAGACAGCGGCUCCGGAAAAGAAGUCGUGGUGGAACACCUCGGCGAGAACAGGAGAAAGAAAACUUUUGUUGAAGUUGGACCUCUUCAUAUUCGCACUUCUCACUGACAACGACCUCGAACUCUUGGGUGACCAGUACAACUACUUUCAAACUCUUUGGACCAUAGGAUAUACAGUCGGUAUGAUUCCCAGCCAGGUGAUCCUCACGUACAUCCGCCCUUCCCUGUGGUUGCCUUCUGUUGAAAUCAGCUGGGCCAUAAUCACAUUCUGCUUUGCUGCAGUCAAAAAUUACAAACACGUCUAUGUCCUGCGUUUACUGCUUGGACUUGCCGAAUCGCCCUUCUAUGUCGGAGGAAUGACAUUGCUUGGGAGCUGGUAUACACCUAAAGAGCUCGCGACUCGAGCGGCCAUCUUCUACUCUGCCGCCUUCGCUGCGCAAAUGUUCUCAGGGUACCUCCAAGCAGCAGUAUACACCGGACUCGAUGGGGUGCACGGACUACCUGGUUGGCGAUGGCUAUUUAUAAUCUGCGGCUGUAUCAACAUUCCUGGUGCACUCUGGGGUUACUUCGCGGUGCCGGACAGCCCUUACAAUACCAGAGUCUUCUAUCUUAGCGAAGAAGAACGAGCCCUUGCCAAGUCUAGAGUUGAGGAGGUCGGCCGAAAGCCCUUUGAGGGCGUAACGUUGAAAACGUUCAAGAGCGCGCUCUCCCGCCCCUUUGUUUGGGUUUUUGUCUUAAACUAUAUGCAAGUCCCACGUUCGAUUACUGACCGCAAUCGUUUUAGAUUCUUUUGCACCGCCACAUAUGGAGCAGACUUCUUCGGUAUCUACCUCAAGACUCUGAAUGAGUAUACAGUCCAGCAGGUCAACAUUAUUCCAACCGCAGCAUAUGCAGUCGGCCUCGUAGGAGCGAUCCUGUUUGGUUUUAUCUCUGACAGGCUACGCGACCGCGUCUCUGUCGCUUUCGUUAUUGUGCUCUUGAACUUCACAACUUGUGUGGUGCUUGCCACCAAUCCUUCCAAGGCCGGAGUCUUCUUCGGCUACCUGGUAAACCCCGCCACAAACUCUUAUGGGCCACUCAUUAUUUCUCUCCUCGGAGAAACGUUUACCUCUCUAGCGGACGAACGUGCUUUGAUCUUGGGAAUGGCUCAAACGAUGGGCGCCACUUUCAAUGCCUGGCUUCCUCUCCUAAUCUUCAACACCGGAACACAACUGCCGUAUUUCCGCGCCGGUUGGAUCACCUCGUCAGCUUGUGCAGCAGCUCAGGCAGUUGGGGUUCUGCUUCUCGGGUAUCUUGGGAAAAGGAUUGUGCGAGAUACGGCUGAUCAGAAGCUUUGA